ACAACAGCAAGAACAAGUCUUGACACGGACGACGGUCUGACAGUGGGGAGUAGCGAAGCUAAGGGUGAGGGAGGGGCGCCUUUUAAUCGAAGGAACUAAGGUGACAUGGCGACUGUUUCUCAGCAGGUCUCCAUGCUGCUUGCUGGCCAGCGUCGGCCCCAGGAGAUGGCGGUCUCUUUCUCCAUGCCAGUUUUGGUUGCAUCCGAGAUUGAUGGCGGGACGAUCUCACUAGUUGGGCGGGUGAAAGCGACCAUGCAAGGUAUGUCAGAGGCGCUUGGGGAACUGGUGGAGGAAUUCACUUUUCUGCCGGAAGCUCUUCCUGAUAAGAGCCAGGUGGCGGUCCUUAUGAGCAAGUGCUACGAGUUGUUUGAUUUGGGGUGUGUUCAGGGGGCUGCGCUGGUGAUGGGCUUGGGCGGCGAGCUGCCAGCGACUAUGGUGGCGGAUGGGCACUUUCUCCUUCAACAAUCAUGGUCAGCAUCUCCAUUGGAGUCAGGGCUUCAGCUUCCAACUGUUUCAGCUACAACAGCAUCUGCUAUUGAAGAUACUUCUCCAGCAUGCAAGGUAGAUUCAUCUGAUGAGUCUGGAGCGCUCUCUACAUCAAAGGAUAACAACAUUAUCGAUUUCAUCAUGAUCAACAAUUGCGCUGCUGCUGUUACUCCCAUUAAAGACGAUAUCAAUAUGAACAGCGGCAGCGUUUUCAACAACACCACCAUCAGUAAGGACGUUUUCAACAACAACACCAUAAGUAACGACAACACUCUCGUCAACGGCCAUGUUAUCAAUAAUGCCCCUGCUGCCGUUUGUUUCAGAGAUGAUGAUGCAAACAAUGACAGCAGUGGCAACUCUAACAACACCAAUGUUGGUGAGGAUUAUACCCUCGCCAACAACGACGUCUCUUCCAUCAUUUUCGGCUAUGGCGGCAGUUAACGGAGAUCUUCUUCUGACAAUGCAGCCUUCAUCACCUGCUUCUUCAGUUUAACGGAUGAGGGCGACCGACUCUCCAUACCAACCAGGCUACCUCACUUGCCCGUCUGGCUGGAUUCUUAUCGAGGGGGAAAGGCGGUGGGAGGCGAGGGAGGGUGGAGUGCACUAGAGGUUAAAUCCCCUCGUACAAGGGCAAUCAAUGCUGCUCACCAUC